GAAUUUAAUUACAUAAUCAUCUGGUUACUGUGGUGCCAUUUCUGCCUUUUUUGGUACCAUCAAGUCAAUCAGCCAGAAGGUGGCACUGUUGUAGUGGUUGCCCUUCAGUCUGCUUGUUGAUUAACUGCUUGGGUGUGUUUUUUGUUUGCUGGCAGAUAUCAUGAUUUAAAACUUGUGUGCUUUGGCUGAUUGAGUAUUGUUAUAUGCGUGUAUGGGAUGGGAUGUGAUCUGAAUUUUUGAGUAAGUGUGAGUGUGCGUGCAAACGUUUAUAGGCUGAUGUCAUUCAUGAGCACCAAUGCUUUUAGUGCAAGGUAGUUCAUUGUGUGUGUUACUUUUCUGUUUGUUUGUUUUAGAUGUCCUGCAUUGUUUGCCCUGCCUCAUGCUAACUCCGCUGACUAACUACUGACAGUUUGGUUUUGCUCUGCUGUUUGUGUCUCUGCAUGGUUGCUGUGUGGCAUGGCUGUGACUCGCUGCAGGGGCCGUACCUGGUACACGGUGAGCAGAAGCGGGAAGGGCCUCUGACAGAGUGCGGUGGGAGUGGCACUCUGCAUGACUAUCAGACAGACCUGGGAGGAAAGCCUCAGCAGCAGCAGACGUACCUGCGCUCUUCCCGUGGCCAACUACGUGGAGGGAGCGGCCGAGGCCUGUCACGGCAGGACACCUUCGACUCUGAGACGCAGGGCAGCAGGGACUCUGCCUACACCGAGGCUGGCGAUUCCUGCAUGGACAUUGAGACUGACCCCUAUGAAGAGCCCGAGCCCUACCGAGGAGGUGGGGGCAGUCGCCUCCAUCUGGCGCAGCAUCACGGCCGGCAGGCCUCCUGGGAAGACGAAGGUGCUGAGCCAGACCAGGAAAACCUGAACCACCCUCCGAUGCCAAGCCAGACGCAGCCGCAUGGACGUGCCAAGCUGAGGGAGCGCUACUGCCAGGAACCCGUGGACACGGGGGCCAACAUGAGCCGCAACAAGAACCAGGACGACUGGGGAAGGGACGUCUACAUCCGCUGAGCACACAUCAUACCACUGAGGCAAAGGAAGCUUCUGGACAGACUGAGAGCAGGGAGAGAUGAAGGGGGUUCAGAGGAAACUGAAGUGUGGGUUUGGGGCCAUGCCAGUCAGGCUAAACAAAUUAAUCUGUUUACAUCCCAGUAUAAUGUAAAGAAAUACAUCAACUGCCAGAUGCCAUUCUCGUCAACUUCUUCUUGCAAUUCAAUUUAUUUAUGUUUAGAAAAAAAUAUAUUGGUCUGUUUUUUGUUUCCUAUGUUAAUACUGCAUGAAUAUCAUAGAUUUCUAUACUGACAGCACGAGGACAGUAAUUGUUACGAUUGUGAAUCUAUGAUUGUGAUCUGUAUGACUCAAUCUCUCCUUCAAUUGUAGAGUGUGAAGGCUGGUAGAGCUGUAGUCUGUCGUGUCUGUCCUCUGCAGUCUUAAACAGGGUCUAAUGUCACCGUCCCCAUGUACAGUGUCAGGGUUUCUCUUUACCUUAAUCUCACUCAGUGCUUUUGGAUUUCAGGGUUUCCGCCUAUUCUAAGAUCCACAAGUUAUGAGUUUCUCACCCCCACUCUAUCACCCAGACCUUAAAAAAAAAAAAAAAAGCUGGUGGAGAAGUUGCCAUAUUUAAACAUGAGAAUUUAUCGCUGUUGCUACACUCAUGUCAGCUUGAUAACAACAAAGAAUACACUCCAAAGACGUUUACUUCUUCCCUGACGUGGUUCAGCCACUGUACCCGACUGUACACGUUUGACCCAGUCCUCCCAUUUCUGUUUUUCUCUUCCUCGUGGGUGCUGAGGCCGCCCGCUGUAUUCACUUGUUCUCUGGUAAUGUUAGUGCAGCUUUUAAAGCAGCACUGCAGUUGUAGUUGUGUGAAUGAAAUGUCCUGCCUUAGUCACUCCCACCCUUAAAAAAAAAAAAAUUAAAACACCCUCAUUUCAAGAAAACUCCAAUCACAAGUGCCGGAAUGUCUCGCCAAGCCAUGUCCACCACUGCUACGGUGGGAUGUCUUAACUCUUGUUACACUCGUUUUCAUGCCAUGUCUGUGUCUUUUCGUGUCUUGUGGCUACUCUGCACCGUAGCCCGUUGCUGUCGCUCCAGUACAUCUUGUUUUUCUUUGCACCAGCUUCGUCGUCUGUUUUUCAGGGCUAAUGGUUAUAUAAAAAGUACUCGUGUGUGGUUAUUCACUCCCAACUUCACUCCUUCACUCCCAAACAGCUAGCUAGUCUGAUAUUAAAUACCACUCUCUUCUUACUCUUUGAUUUCUGACUGAAUUAGUGUUGAUUUUUUCUUUUCUUCCUGUGGACAUUUGCAAUUUUCUUUUCUUUUCUUUAUUUUUCUUUUCUUCAUUUUUUUUUUUUUUUAAAUCUUCAGUUCUUGUGAGGUAGUGAGAGGCGUAUCAAGUGGGGUGGGGGGUGGGACAGGGGGUUGGAUCAACUUUGGUCUUUACUCAGUUAUCUAUAAUGGAGAAUCCAUGAAUGUCUUUGGCGGGCUGCUUCGGCCUGCCCCUGUUUUCAGUUGAAUAAAUAAAUAUUAAAUAAUGAUCAGUAAAUAAUGUUAUUGUUGCGUUAUCGCAAUUGUUAAAAAUAUGAAAUAACAUGUAUCAUUGGUGCCUGAUUGUAGCUACAUUUUGCUUUUUCUGCCUUUCAUUUUUAAUCUGUGGAUAAAUUCGUAUUUUAAUUAAAAAUUUAAGCAGA